GCGCUCACCACCGCCAACAUGCUGCCGCUGCUCCUGCCGCUGCUGCUGCUGCCGCCGCUGCUGGGCGCGGGCGGCGGCGUGCGCGCCGAGGUCCUGUUCCGUUGCCCGCCCUGCACGCCCGAGCGCCUGGCCGCCUGCGGGCCCCCGCCGCCCGCGCCGCCUGCCGCCGGGACCGGGCCGGCCGACGACGCCCGCGCGCCCUGCGCUGAGCUCGUCCGCGAGCCGGGCUGCGGCUGCUGCUCUGUGUGUGCCCGGCUGGAAGGCGAGGCGUGCGGCGUCUACACCCCGCGCUGCGCCCAGGGGCUGCGCUGCUAUCCCCACCCGGGCUCCGAGUUGCCCCUGCAGGCACUGGUCCUGGGCGAGGGCACUUGCGAAAAGCGUCGGGACGCAGAAUACGGCGUCAGCCCCGAGCAGGUUGCAGACAAUGGCGAUGACCACUCUGAAGGAGGCCUGGUUGAGAACCACGUGGAUGGGACCAUGAACAUGCUGGUUGUUGGAGGCACUGCUGCCCGGAAGCCCCUCAAGUCGGGCAUGAAGGAGCUGGCUGUGUUCCGGGAGAAGGUGACUGAGCAGCACCGGCAAAUGGGCAAAGGUGGCAAGCAUCACCUUGGCCUGGAGGAGCCCAAGAAGCUUCGGCCACCGCCUGCCAGGACCCCCUGCCAGCAGGAGUUGGACCAGGUCCUGGAGCGGAUCUCCACCAUGCGCCUGCCCGAUGAGAGGGGCCCGCUGGAGCACCUCUACUCCUUGCACAUCCCCAAUUGCAACAAGCAUGGUCUCUACAACCUCAAACAGUGCAAGAUGUCUCUGAAUGGGCAGCGUGGAGAGUGUUGGUGUGUGAACCCCAACACCGGGAAGCUGAUCCAGGGCGCCCCCACCAUCCGGGGGGACCCCGAGUGCCAUCUCUUCUACAACGAACAGCAGGAGGCUCGCGGGGCCCACGCCCAGCGGAUGCAGUAACUCCCAGCCAGCCGGUGCCUGGCACCCCCCCUCCCCUCCCAAACACCGGCUGCCGGGUGGUGGGUGGGGAGGAUCUUCCAGGAGUUUUGACACGUGUAUUUAUAUUUGGAAAGAGACCAGCACCGAGCUCGGCACACCCCACUGCCCUCCCCCUCCCCAGCUGGAGAUGCCCACACCCUCCCUUCUCUCGUCCUGCAGGCGAGGAUGGGGCGGUGGUUACGGGGGAGCUGGGUAAACAUUUGGGAGGAGGGGGGGAAAGAAAUUUUUAUUUUUGAACCCCUGUGUCUCUUUUGCUUAAGAUUAAAGGAAGGAAAAAUAAAGUGUCUUUUGCCUGAGUCUUUGGGGCCUGCCCGUCCAUUUGAAGGCCCGCUGCCCAUCCCUGCCCUCUUCCCCUACACUUUGCUCUGGUUUCCUGUGUCUGAAAGAGAUUGGAGGCCUCGGAGUCGCCUUCCACCCAACUUUGUCCGGUGAAAUGGGGAAAGGCCUGGCCUUCCCUGGGCCUCAGCUUCCUAUUCAGAACAUGGGAAUAAGAAGGAUGG